AUGCCUAUGGGCUGUUCUGGCCCACGGUGGAUUAGUUGGGCGCCUCUACCCAAUGGAUAUGUCCCAUGCGUAUGGGUCACUCACGAGGCUGGUGAGGCCUCGCGCUACAGCCCCGCCAGCUAUGUCGGCGGAGGGUACUGGUUCCAAUUCCUGAUAUGUGUACCCAGGAACGUUGUCGACAAUUGGGAUGGCGUCACCCGGAAGCUCGGAGGCUCUGGUAAGCAGAUCCGAGUUCAAGCGAAGUACCUCGAGAUGUGUGGCAUCUGCUUUCGGGCUCGUCACUAUGACGAGAUCGUGACCGAUAACAUUCCGACUGCAGUCAGUGAGUUCUGCCAUGGAUAUCAAUGCUGGUGCGAGGGCGAGGAUCGGCCAACCACCUCUUGGCAUCCAUGGGCCGAGGCAAGCCCGAUCGAUCCUGAAAUUCUCAAGAUGCUUGGAUUUCUUCAGGGUGCCGAUAGCUCCAACUACUCUCCCUUUGGGAUCUCGGAGAAGGGCCCAGAUGCGGAUGAGUCCACCUCGAUGGAUGUGGAUUCGAAAGAGGCCAGCGCCAGUUCCGCAGCCGAUAAAGAAGAGGCUGGUCCUCCUGUCGAUCCUGAGGUGACCGAAGGACUUCCGUGGAAAGUCCCUGGAUCAAGGCUAAUGCAGGAGUCUUCUACGAUGGCAAAUAAGUAUCCGCUCGUCAGAACGCUUCUCGCGUCGUCGUUUAGGGCGGCGAUCCUCCCUACGUUUCAGAAACAGGUUCCUCAGUUCGGCGAGGGCCAUUCGAUGAAUUUGCCCAAGCUCGUGACGAUGACAUCGAUGGCUACCGGCCUCCAGGAGCGAUGGAGUACCUGGACCCGAGCAUACGAGAAGGCAUUCAAGACUAUAUUCCGACCUACAUCAGUUAUGCCUGCAGCAUACGAUAAGGUCCCGUACGAAGAGAGUCAGGUGAUUGAUCCCCUAUACUCUCGGAACUGGGAAGCUGCAGAUGUGCUAUCGGCAGCGUCGGUGCAUGGAAUUAUGAAGCCUUUUCGGACGGCAUGUGCCAUUGCACAUUCCAGCGCGCCACCGUUUGAGCAGCCCGAACGAUGGAACAAGGUUGCUUCAGGGGGGAGCAAGAAUCUCUGGUGGUCUGGCGAUCUCGAAACGUACCUGACUGAUGCUGCCAAAGCCAUGGGUCUUGGAGAGGUCAACGUGCGCACGAUAAACAUGUACGAAAACGACCAGCCACCAAACCUGGGAAAGAUGAUUUCCUUGGCCAGUGGAAUGAAGGCAGACCCUGCCUUCCCGAAUGCGCGUACUCACAUCCUGAUUGUUUGGAAAGGUGAGGAAUUCCAUGAGUUGCACCAAUCAUGGAGCUAUCUAACGAGAUGCGCAAAGAAGGAGGAUUUUGACAAAUGCAGGAUUAGCACGCGUCAGAACCUUGAAGCCCUCAACAGGGAUUUCGCUUCAGUGAGCCUCUGCGGUCUGCGAUCGAUAUGGCAGGGAGUACGAUCUGCAAAUUUCCUUACUGUUCCAUUUGACGUCCUAUUCGAAGGGCUACCACAAUUCAAGUGGGGUACCCUCGCUCACGUGAGGGACUCGAUGACCGCAGUAUGCUGCAAGAUAUCAGCAGCUUUCCUCAUGGCUCAACUUACUCGAUUUCCCGACAUUGAUGCCAAUCUCAGCUCCGGUCAGGUGAAUCAGAUGACGCUGUCUAGAACCCCCGAUCCGAGAUAUGUCGACAGAUCAGCGCAAUCGUCAUUUGAGCAGUUGAUAUUUGGCGAUGCGGGGUCCGGAGCAGCUGCUUCCGAUACGGCAGCUGCUAAAGACCAGAAGCCGGUGCGAUCUGCGGCCAAGAGCAUGCCACCAGCCCAACCCAAGAAGAUCGGACUGGCGGAUUUCGGUCUUGAAGAUGAAGAUGACGAAGGCCAAGAUGAUCCGGCUGGUGCUGCGCCGCCCAAAGCAGCGCCAAUGGUUCCGGUAGCUCCCAAGCUACCCGAUUCAAGCCCUCCAACGACGAAAGUUAAGGAGGAGCCAGCUGACAUGGAUGUUGAUCAGGAGGCUGCCGCAUUGGCGAAGGAGGCAGAUACAGCUGCCGAACUGAACGAUUUGCUAAAGCAGGCUCGGCGGCAAUAUGCUCAUUACCCUACGAAUGUCGAUGCGAACGAAGUUCGGCGGGUUCAAGCUACGGAGAUCUAUGCAAGAAUCCGAGAGCUCGCAGCAUCAGCCGAAGAUGACGAUGCGGUCAACUUGCAGGCCCAAGCAGCGAUGCUUGCGGGUUUCAUCAUGGCGUCAGAAGGGGUCAGACCAGCAAAUUUCUAUCCACCUGGUGAGUUGGCCUAUGAUGCGAUAGCUGAACGUCUGACGACCAGCCGAAGGCGGGAAGAUGCUAACAGCACGAUGAUUCGGGAGAUGCAAUCCGGUGCAUUCAUUCCGUGCCUAUUCAAUCGAUAUGACGGACAGGCCGUUUCUGCACUGGAUGCACGAUGGGCUCCUGAAUUCGGAAAUCGAGGUGAAAUCGAAUCUUCACUGGGAGCGACUAUAUCAGGCCUUGAUGCGUCGAUUGCAGCGCUGUCUGGUAUCCCGGUGAUCCACCCGCAUAUUCCAGCGGCGUAUGGAAUCGCUCGAUCUCUGACGUGUUUCUUCCAAUCGCUUCAGACUGUUACCAGGCAUCGAGGAAUGGGUGCUCUGCCCUUCAAUCACAUCGUUUUCCAAGAUGCAGAUUUGGCGCCACCAACUUAUGAAGAGUGGCCCGAUAUGAUAGCGCAGACACCUCGGGCAGUGAUUCAAUCGAUGAGACUUGCCCUGGUGUCGAAUGGAGCAAUGAGAGCAGGGGUGCGCGACGAUCAAGCGUUACCUGAAGGCUUUCGAGUGGUGAAGGCUUUCGAGUGGAUGGUCGGAUGCCGACCAUGA